CUGGACUUCCAACCAACAGAUCAGUGUGAGCACUUGCAUGGUACGGUCGUUCUCAGGCAGCACGACGAAUGUGUGAGCUGAGAGAAUAGUGUGGAUGGCAACGAACCGACGGAGAGGAGGGUAGGAUGAGAGACUUCAUUCUCACGGUGUUCUUACGUAGUGCCCUUGUCGUAAAGUUUAAAAAAAAGACUCCAUCGUUUCUCCACAAGGUUUUAACAAUUUAACAAUUUCCGCGAGUGUGGGACUCUGGUUGCGUCAAGUGCCGUAACACGAGAGACGUAACAGUGCGUUAAACUAGUGCAAAGUGAAACCACGCGCUCUCUCACCGGGACGUCCAGGACAGAAAGUUAUCCUCACCAGAGAGACUCCCCUUGAGAAAAGUCGCCGGACAAAGUAGGUACACACAUCAUCGGCACGUCGCGACGGUAUACCGGACGAUAUGUAAAUCUGCGGUGACACGCGCGUGUCUGUUUUUCUUUCCUUUCGUUCUAUUUUUCUUCUCUCCUGCCCGAGGCACCCUGCAUGACCGGCUUCGCGGCGGCUAAGCGAGACCGGCGAAGCGCGAAAUCGCGAGUUACGCGCCUAUUAACGUGAGACAUUAUCACUGUAUGUAUCGUCGCUGAAAACCGCGGGGGGUGUCGGCGCAAAGUAACAAGUACCGUCCCCCGUUGUCGCCCUCGCCGCGCCGAGGUCGACGAUGUUGCGCGUGGUGACUCGUCCGACGACGCGACAGGCCACGUUGAUCUGGAUUUUCGCGCCUGAGAUCUCGUGGGUCAUCUGAUAAAUGUAGCAUACGCUGUAUCCCCGCCUUUUUUUCUUAUUUUCUGUCCUUUUUGUUUUUCGUUCGGUCCCCCCCCCCCCCUCUACCAGCGAUCCGGCUCUGUCGGCUAGGUCGUGAGCACGCAUUGUUUCUCCCGCCGAGGCUCAUCAGACCUCUCACGUGACUCUUGCUUUCGCGCUGCCACCAUCGACGCGUCUCAACCGAAUGCUAUCCUGCACCAAUGAGAGUGAGAUAGCGCGCGUAUCCUCUGUUCUUUGAGCCGGCCAUCGACUUCAAUCGACGGAACGGAACGGAACGGAACGCGCGCGCGACGGCAACGAGGGACGCAGAGGAGGGAGGAAAAGGGAGAGGUGACGAGAGAGAGAUCGCGACGUCGUCGCGCACCUCGUGACUCGUGUAUAGCCGGAUCCACGGUUGGUGUUGUGUCCCGCGGCGGUUCGCGGCGGCCUCAGAGAGCUAGAGAAACAAGAACGGAAAAGAAAGCGAAAGGAUAAGGAAGGACCGUACCGUACGGUUGCCGUACAGCACACGUACGUGCGCUCGCGACCGCGUGGGCGCACGUGUGCCUCGUACUGGCCUUGUUCCGCGUCGCGCGUUCGCGGUGCGUGUUUAGUGCGCUAUCGAGCCACUUCGCUUCGGUACCGUGUGUGCCGCUGCCACGUUUCUUCCACGGGUCGACGGGUGAGCCGCGUCGACUGAAAUGCGCGAUUCGACAUGAAGAAAAGUCCAAUAAGGACAUGCAGUAGACAAUAUGAGUGAGGUGGUAAGUGUUGUUGAGCAAGAACAGCAACAACAGCAACAGCUACAACAGCAACAGCAGCAGCAGCAGCAGCAGCAGCAACUACAACAGCAGCAGCAGCAGCAGCAGCAGCAGCAGCCGCAGCAGCAGCCGCAGCAGCCGCCGCUGCCGCAACAGCAACAGCAGCAGCAGCAGCAGCAGCAGCAGCAGCAGCAGCAGCAGCAAUACGUUGGCAGUAGCUCAAAUUAUUGCGAGGAGUGCAACAUUUCCUUCAAUAGCGACAACAGCCUGCAGGUGCACUUGAGUUAUCACAAGCAGAACUUGAUAACUAGGUGGGCCAAUCCGGCGCCGCAAGAGAGCAAUAAUAACAAUAGCAAGGCUGGCAAUCAUAAUAAACACGUGACUGUGAAGCAAGAGAACGCGACAGUGCCGACGGACUCGAGGGAGCCGUCGUCCUCUCAGAAUCCUUUGCAGCAGCAGCAGCAGCAGCAGCCUUCCAUUCAGGCCUACAACAAUUAUCUGCCACCGAUAUCUUUCCCAGGUGUGACGAACUUGCUGCAAAAUAUGUCACACGUACAGAACAUUCCAAUAGGCACUUGUCAGCCUUUCUCGCCGUCGCAAGAGGACAUUCAGAACAACGGCGGCGGUGGUAACGGCGGCGGCAGUGGUGGCAACGUCGGCGCCGGUGGUUACGUGCGUUACCAUGCGUACCCUCCGCACUUCUCUGCGGAGCACGCGAGCACCAACUCCACCAGCCCGCACAGUCCGCCGUGUCAUUGCGAGAAUUGCGGGGCCGUUUACGAGGACGCGAAUCAAUUGAGCGAGCAUACGAAGACGCAUCAUUCGGACUCGCCCACCGGCUACGCGCCAGCUCCUCAGUAUCAACAGCUGGCCGGCAGUCCUUCGCAGCCGGAUCAGCAGCAGCAGCAGCAGCAGCAGCAGCAGCAAGCGCAACAGCAAUUGCACACGUCGCCGACUCACUCGAGUCAGCCGCAGCAGCAACCCGGCUACGAUUACAACGGCGGGCAGCCGGUGAAAUUGGAGAUGAAGCAGGAGCCGGAGGAGCACACCGAGAUUCUCGACUUGGAUUCUCACAAGGUGCAGCAAACGCAUCAAUACCGAGAGGACGUCUUGAGGUAUCAUCAUCAGCAACGUCACCAGGAGAUUCAGAUGCACAUGCAUCACCAGCAGCAGGUGAUGCAACAACAUCCGCAGCAGAGAUUAGGGCAUCCCAUGUUGGGUUGGCCGCCGGUCACUCAGACCCACGAUUAUCACCCGGGGCUGCCGCCUAUGCCUACCAUCGAGUCCAUGCCGUCGAUCGCCGAUCAGACUCAAUUCAUGCGCCAACAUAUGCCCGUGGAGAGCCCGGUGCACCAGGCCCCGUCGAUAAUCACGAACACGCAGCCGAUGCCGACUCAUCAGAUGUCGCCCGGGUUGCCGUUGCAGCAGCAACUGAAAGCACCGUCGAAUCAAACGUGGAAGAGCAACGAGGCUCGGCGACCGAAGACUUACAAUUGCGUCUCGUGCAACAAGUGGUUCACCAGUUCGGGCCAUCUGAAGAGACACUACAACACGACGUUGCAUAAAAACGCAGUGAAGCAGAGCAACCAGCCGGAUCCGGCGAAAAUGCAGCACAGCGCGCAGGUUCUAGCUUCAGAGAAGAACGCUCACUCAACGAGCGGCAGAGGCGGCGGUGCACCCGAGAGAUCACCAGAUUUUACAUCUUCGGGGAGUCCCCCAAACGUGAUGGCAGGUCCCUCGGGCGAGGCGACGGGGGGCCUGCAUCACACGCCCAUCCAACAUUACAACAGCAGCAGUUCCAGCAACAGCAACAGCAACGACUCGUUAGCGGCGGCAGCGGCUCUGGCUCAGCAGCAGCAGCAGCAGCAGCAGCAAGGGCAGCCUUCGGCGGUGCACUUGGCCUCCGGAAUGGUGUCUCACAGUUCUCCGCAGCAAUCGUCAAUGGCGGGCCACCAUCAGCAACCAAUGGGUUCCCCGUCUCACCAGAUGGGGCUUCAGCCGCAACAACAGCCGCUUCAUCACCUGCCAAUGACUUCGCCGGGGCAGCACCAGGUCCAUCACUCUAUGACUUCCCCCAUAUCUCCCAUGCACCCACCGCCAGCAUCGCACAUGAGUUCUCCUUCACAAAUGGAUUCGUCCACCCACCCGCACCACAUGAAUUCGUCGCCCAGCAUAACGCCGGGCACGGUUCUCCCCGCAAUGGUAUCACCCACGGCAAUGGGGGGUACUUCGAUGCCUCAUCAGCCGUACCCAAACGCCCUGCCCCCCCACGUUACGAAUACUUCCAGCAUCCCGGGUCUACUGGAGUCUACCCUGCAAACUACUAUUGGCAAUGACCAAAAUCUAAGUGACCAACAUCAUCAGCAGCAGCAGCAGCAGCAGCAGCAGCAGCAGCAAGAGCAGCAUCAGCAGCACCAGCAGGCCCAGGAAAACAUGUUGCCCGGUUUUGGCACCCUUAAUCAACAACACCAAACUCUGCCAAGUUUUACACAUCUCAUACCCGGGUACGGAGGAGACCAAAACCAGCCACAGGCUGUUAACGUGGGGGGGCUAAGUCCGGAGGAGGCUAUACAAGAGAAAUCUUACGGUUCACCGCCCUAUAUGUACGCGAGUCCGCCGCGCUACGUAUUGAUGGACAUAAAUAUGGAAGGACCGUCUCAGGGACCGUCUCAGGUGGAUGCGGAGGGUAUGAUUAUCCGACAGUACGAUAUCACGAGCCAUCAGCCCUAUUCGCAGCAUCAUGCCGAGCAGUAUCAGUAUAUCGAGACCAACAACAACGAUCUACCGCCUGUGAUGCAAAUCAAGCAGGAGCCUAUGAGUUCGAGCGACCAAGUGCCGAAAGCGCGACCCACUAGAGGCCGCAAGUCCAAGUCCGGUUCUAAGGUCCUCCAGGAGCAGCAGCAGCAGGUGAGCAACUUGACGAACAGCAUAUCAACUAUGAUACUCGAGGCCGAUAACAGGACGGUCAAAUGUGACGAGUGUGCCAAGAAGUUCAAUAAAGCUUGCUACUUGACGCAACACAAGAAGAGCUUCCACAUGGGCGAAAAACCGUUCAAAUGCCCUCAAUGCGGCAAGCGAUUUAGCUCGAAUGAGUUGUACACGAAGCAUCAGCAGAAGCACAACGGUGAGAAACCGCACAAGUGCGAAUCGUGUCCGAAGCAGUUCAAUCACAAGACCGAUCUCAGACGACACAGAUGCCUUCACACCGGCGAUAAGCCGCAUUCUUGUCAAAAUUGCGGCAAGAAAUUCAUCAGGAAGGACCACAUGGUCAAGCACGUCGCGACGCAUAUGAAGAAAUACGCAACAAAAGAAAUGAAGAAGACCAACGAGCACAAGAAGGAGAACGUUCAACACAACGUUCAAGAUAAUGAAACGUUCGAGAGCGUUCAAAACAGUGAGCCAGUGAUUCUAUAGGGACACGGUUUUCGCGAGGCGUGCCCCCUCCCCCUCGCUGAGGUUCUCCGGUAUAAGGCGCGUCAUAGAGACAUAGCCAAGAGGAAUCGUCUACGUCUCGUGUACGAAUCGAGUAUGUUUUGUAAAAAUUUAUACUUCGAGCCGCGAGCGAGCGAUAGCUUCGAAUUAUUUUUUGUCUGUUUAUAAGACUUUGAAGAAUCUCCGACUGUUUCGAGGCGACUAAGUGCCAAAGCGACGAAAGCCGACGCUGUUAACGUUUCGUCCACACCGAAACCUACUGCGUUUCUAUCGCUUUGUCAGUUUAUUUCGUUCGUCAAAACCGAAUUGAUAAACAUUUUUUAUGAGAUCGAAACACUGUUCGGAUUAAAACUCACGUUAACGCGGAAAGAAGUUCGUUUCUUAGAGCUAUUAGUAUGUGAAUCAUAAGAGAGAAAAAGAGGGAGAAUAUUAUUUGGAAUUGAAAAAAAAGGAAAGAGAAAAAAAUGUGGUAAAACGUUAACAGCGUCGGCUUUCGUCGUUUUUGGCACUUAGUCGCCUCGAAACAGUCGGAGAUUCCUCAAAGUCUUAUAAACGCAUAAAUAAUUUUCGGAAGUAAACCGGAAAAUCGGCGUAAGAACGAGCCUCGUGAGAUUACAUUAGUUUUUACGCGCCCAAGUUACAAGUUACAAUUACAUAAGCCGAAGAUCAUAUGGAAUAUAUAGGAAUUUUUAGCAAUCUCGACUGUGAGCUCAUCCCAAUAUUCACGAUAGAUUCCGCAUAAUUUUUUCAUCGUUGUUUUCGCAUUAAUUGGUUAGGCUCGGCAGAUUGCGACUUUACUUCUCGCAUCGGCGUUCUUACUAUACAAUCUCGAGAUCAUUCUAAGAACGUUCGAACGAUCGGACGGUUAAGACAUCGAUGCGACACUAAAUUCUUCAUUUAUCGACUAUUUAUGUUAUAAAUUAUCACCGUUAUAAAAUAUCUACCGUUAUUAAGAGGAAGUUGAUUGAAUAAUUGAAUACUUGAUUCUUACCUUGUAUAUACAACCAUAAUUAUCAAAUUUAUUGGUAUUACCUAGAGAUAUAAAUCAGUUAUCACUCUCUUUUCAAUAUUGUUAUUUUACGGUGCUAUGCUCGAGACCAAUUGCGUCUUACAAAUUUCAAACGUUACAUCUAUUGUUCUUUUGUCGCUCAUAUAUGUCUCAGCAAGAUACGAAUGCGUGUAAAUUCAUGCGUGAGGGAAACAAAAUUCAAAGUAAAAAAAAAACAAAAUGAAGCGCGUUUUGGUUCGCUGCGAAAUUGCAAACGACAAGGAGUAACUAGCAUAUGCGGAACAUCUUCGAAAGUUAAUUAUACACAUCGUGUGUAAAGGAAGAACACAUAAUACAACACAUUAUUGAAAAAAAGGAACAAUACAUUAGGAUUAUUCGCACGCGAAACGAAAUGCAAAAUACGAACAAACCUCACAUAACGUUCCAAGGGACAGAAGUUAUAAUUCCGCUAAAUUUUUCGUGUUGCUUUCCGUAUGAUUAAGAGCAUGUAGAGCGUGCAUUGGGGAUAAAUUCAAGAUUUUCUAAAUCAACAUAUAGAGCUUCAUAAGGCUUCAAUAAGGUUUUAAUAAAGAGAAGAAAAUUUCGCUUUUUCUAUUAAUAUUAAAUUCAUAUGUAUUAUUCAUUUUUAGUACAAUAAACGAAAAUGGAACUUUGAAAAGACGUGGCGUGUGUUUGGCAGUGCAGUAUGUAUUUGUUUGUCCGUAAGUUGAUGAGAGUUAAUGAGAAAAUUAAAUUCCGCAAGUAUUUCACCCUAUGAUUAUACAUAUACAUAUACGUGCCACCGUGUAUACUCACAUGAUUCUAGCGUGUGUGGGACGUGUUUCCCAUUCUCCCUUUUUGUGUUCGCUUUCCGCAUUAUACGCCAUGUAAAAUAUUUACAAUUAUACGGUAUAUCACGCAUCUAACAAAAGACCACGAAAGAACAAACGCUCGUUUUGCACUCGCGCAAGACGCGGUACGGUUAAAUAAACAAAGUCCGAGGACCUUACGCGAAAUACGAAAGUGAAAAAUUCACGAGUCUCCGCGAACAACGGUGUGGCAAUGCGCGAUGCGAGCUUAACUUAAUAAUUAAUGCGAAACCCACCUAGGAUCGGUCUCGCUCUCGAUUGAACAAUGAUCAACGGAAACAAUCACGCGUACCUGGCCCAUACUACCACUUUGUUACGGCGAGGUUAACGAGGCGGUCGCGAAAAUUACCCGCGAGAAUGUUAUGUGCACUCGCUAUUGCGUGUUUUACGUGUUUACGCCGAGCGACGUGCGGCUCGAAGAGAAAUUUAUAUGAAGGAUCUCUCGAGUCACGGUGAAUUGGCUCGUUUCGCCAAUAAUUAAUCGGUCGCCGAUUAAUCGAUGCGAGCAAUGCCGUGACGAUAAACGAUUGUGCUUCGUCGCGAUCGACAUGAGAAUUCCGAGAAUAACUGAUACGAAUUUCCCGAGCGUCUCGCGCGCGGAGCGCGAAUGUUUGUAAGAAAUUACGCGUUAACGGCGGCAAUUGCGGCAGUCGCACCGAUGAUUGACGCGUCG